AUGAUCUACUUGCCAGCAGCGACGAUAGUGUCGCAGUGGUUUGCAAAGCUUCGUGCCACUGCUACAGGCAUCUCAAUGUGCGGUAGCAGCAUAGGCACGGCUGUCUACUCCGCCAUUCUACCGAAACUGUUAAAGAUCUAUUCAUGGCGCGGGUGCAUGGCCAUUAUGGCAGCGAUGUCGUUGCAUUGCUUCGCUGCUGGCUGCCUUUUCAUUCCUCUUCGCGACUACCAAAGAGGCCACCCAAUUAAAAAGAAUGAUAAGGCAGAGAAGGAGGGAGAGGGGGAAGACGCUUCCAUGAAAUCCAAAAGUGGCCUCAGUGACACCAGGUCCAAGCGUUCGGCAACACCAAACUCAGGCUCUAUGGCGGAGAGUGGAUACCUAAAGCGCACAGAUGCUGUGAGUUGCCUGAUUGAGGCCUAUCUUAACUCGCUUUCCCCCCAUCCAAAUUAA